AUGGCCUGCUCUCUGGUCCUCUUCCUUAGCAAGUUUCAAGACGUCACCUGUGAGGAAGAGCAUCAGGCUUUGCCCAGGGCAGCACCCCCAUGUCCGUGCCUUAAGCGUGGGACAGGGCGAGCAGGCCCCGGGCUGAGCGCGCAUCCAUCUCUGUUUGCCGCCCACCGUCAGCACUCGGACAUGCCGGAGGAGAUGCGCGUGGAGACCAUGGAGCUGUGUGUCACGGCCUGUGAGAAGUUCUCCAACAACAACGAGAGUGCCGCCAAGAUGAUCAAAGAGACGAUGGACAAGAAGUUCGGCUCCUCCUGGCACGUGGUGAUCGGCGAAGGCUUUGGCUUUGAGAUCACGCACGAGGUGAAGAACCUGCUGUACCUGUACUUCGGAGGGACCCUGGCCGUGUGCGUCUGGAAAUGCUCCUGACGUGGUCGCCAGCCGCCUGGAGCCCCACUUCCCCCUGCGAGCAUGGGGCCCUGUCCUCCCGCCCCGGGUCCUGGCUUCCUCAGCCCAGUGUGUGAGUGUGCUGGCUUCUCUUACCCCCAGCCCAGAGUCCUGGGAUGCCGGAACCACACAGGGCAGUGGGUCAGAGCCGACAGGCCAGCCUCCUCCUCCUAGGGGCUCUCCCCUGGCCUCCCGGGAGCCCCUCCCCUCCAGUGCCCUCCCUGCUAUAAUGUGGCCACUGUCCUUGCCUGCAGUGACCAUAAUCACCCGGGGGGCGCCUUGCCUCUCACGGGACCCUGGAGGUUUCUCUCCUUGUCCUCUGGGGAAGGGGUGAACCCCUCAGCCCCUGCCCCAGCUUGACCCCAAUGUGACCGACCCCAGGCUGAACAAACCAUCACGUGCAGCGGGACCAACAGCUCGCCUGCCCCAGCUUGGCAAGGGCCACGCGACCUUCCCCGCCGGUCAUCUCUGCCCACCCCCCAAUUCCCCCCGGGGCCACAGGAGUAUCCACCAGGCCCACCCCGCCCUGCCCCGCUGUGCAGUUGGUGGCCACUCUGAGCCGCCUGGGCCUGGGGGAGCCCGGCUGGCCGCCGCCGCCGAUCAUCAGGGACCGCAUGCCAAUUUGUACUGCGCAUCUCGCUGCGUUUUCUAGCUUUUUGAGUGUGGGAGAUGGGUUUUAGUAGAAGGUGAAUCCUAUUUUACACAGUGGUCUUAUUUAUAUAAAUGUCCUGGUUUUUACAAUUAAAGUGACCAAAAACUGA